CAAACCAAAACCGGUUACGCCAAACGCAACCGUGCCGUGCACCGGCGCACACAUUGACAAACAAAAACCCCCGCAAAAUGAAGAAAAAUCCCCCACCUCGCCGAGAUCCAAGCGACCACUCCUCCCUCCCUUUCCUCCUUUGCUUUUAUUAACCCAAAGCAGCAGCAGCAGCAGCUGCUUCUCUCUCUCCCCCUCGCCUUGUCCGGACACACGCGGCGAGGCAGGCUUGGCCGCAGCAAGAACGAGAGAGUGAGCUCGAUCCAUCCAUGGAAGGGAGGGUGCUGCGGCGGAGUGUCACGCUGGCGGACCAGCUGGCCGCCGUGGGGCCCGCGGGGACGGCCGCCGCCACCGCCGCCGCGGGGUCCUGCAACCUCCGCGACCUCCUCAAGCUCCGCGACGAGGACGACCUCGCCGCGGGCCGCCGCGCCGCGGUCACCCUCGCGUCGGCCAUGGCGGCCGAGAGGUUGACGGUGGCGCCUGCGUCCUCGGCUGCCGCGGCGGCGGCGGCGGCGCGCACCUUGCUGGAUAUCAUCCGGGAUGACCAGCUCCCGUCGUCUUCCGGUGGUGGUGGGGAAGGUGGUGACCCCCUCGUCCGCCGCGCGGUCUCCCUGCCUGCUCCGGUUACGGCGACUCCUCCUCCUCCGCCGCCGCCGCCGGAGACGCCGCCGCGACAGCUGCCGUCUGUGUCGCCGCCGACGGUGGGGGAGGAGGAGGAGGAGGAGCAGGGGGAGAGGGUGUCCCUGAUGGCGCUGCUGGAGCAGACGGAGCGGCAGUGGAGCGCCGGCUCGGGCGCGACCGUGCAGCAGCAUCUCGCGUCUCCCUCCGCCGCCGCAUCGGCAUCGGUAUCGGCGGCGGCGGAGGACGAGGCGGAGGCGGAGGCGGGGAAGGGGGCGGCGGGCGGCGGCUGCUGCUGCGUGUGCAUGGCGCGGGCCAAGGGCGCCGCCUUCAUCCCGUGCGGCCACACCUUCUGCCGCACCUGCGCCCGCGAGCUCCUCGCCGGCCGCGGCCGCUGCCCGCUCUGCAACGCCGCCAUCCUCGACGUCCUCGACAUCUUCUGACCUCGCCGCCGGCGACCAAGGUUGCCUCCCUCAGCUCGAGCCAAGAACCCCACUGAUCCAGACAUAGAUAGAUCUCUCCUCUCCUCUCCCCUCUGUUCUUGAUUCAGUUCUUCGCAAAUGCAAAUGCAAAAAAAAAACUGCAAAGAUUAGAACCUGUUCAUCAGCUUGUUGCAACUUGCAAGAGAUCAAACAUUCUCUUCAUGUUUCAAUUCCCCCCAAAAUUCAAAAACCUAGUACCCUGGAUCGAUCAAAAGGUUUGUUCUUGCGUCCUGUAGGAACGCAUUUGAUUCAACCAUCAAGAUCAGCAGAUGGUGGGUGGGUGCCUGCUUGCCUGGGUGGUGGUAGGUUAAAAAUUAGUAAAACUUUUGACUACUGGAGUACAGAUUAGUAGUAAUUGUAAAUCUGGCAGAGUUUUUUUUUUUUCAGUUCUUGUCCAGGCUCCAGCUACGCAAUGUUUGAAGAUCUAUAGUAAGAGCAGGUUUACAAAA